GAUGAAAUGUAUUAGAGUGAAGGAUUUGGUUCCUUUCCUUUUAUUUCUUUGCUUAGCAACAAUCUGCACCCCAACUCGAAUUCCACCCAACCAAAACCAACCGAGCCAAAGGUCAGAUUGCAAAAGGCACUUUGUGCUAGUUCACGGAGCUGGUGUUGGAGCAUGGUGUUGGUAUAAAUUGGCAACACUACUGAACUCUACAGGGCACAAUGUUACAACUCUAGACAUGGCAGCAUCUGGGAUAAAUCCUAAGCAGGUACAACAAGUCAAUUCCUUCUCAGACUACGUUGAGCCCUUGAUUGAAUUCAUGGAGUCUCUCCCACCGAAGGAGAGGGUUAUUCUGGUCGGCCAUAGCUUUGGCGGGGCUUCCAUAUCUAUUGCCAUGGAGAGGUUCCCUCAGAAAAUUUAUGUCGCUGUAUUUGUCACCGCUUUGAUGCCUGGUCCUGAUCUCAAUUAUUCGACAGUACUUAAUGAGGUUGCGGGUAAAUUGAACUUUUUGGAUUCUAUAUUUAGACAAGACAAUGAGACCGGACAUCCUCAAACCUCGGUACUUUUUGGGCCUAAGUUUGUAUCAUCGAUGUUCUACCAACUCUCGCCACCAGAAGAUGUAACACUAGCAAUAUCUUUGGUGAGAUUUUUUCCGAUCAUCAAUGAGGAAAUAAAGCUCACAAAGGAGAAAUAUGGGUCGGUUCGUAGAGUAUUUAUCGUGUCCAGGCAAGACAAUACAAUAAAGGAGGAUCAGCAGAUGUGGAUGAUCGCGAAAAAUCCUCCAGAUGAAGUGAAAGUGAUAAAUGGCUCUGAUCAUAUGGUCAUGUCUUCCAAACCACUGGAGUUGGCCUUCCACCUCCAAGAGAUCGCUCAGAAAUAA